AUGGCCACAACCGACUCCCGACACGCAAGCAAAUCGUCCAUAUCAGCUCUCGAAGCAGCACGAGCACGAAUACGCAAAGAUGACACCUCCUUCGAGCCUCGCACACCACCCCAUCACCGUAACCGCUCAAUAGUCUCAUCAUUCGGCUCCUCAUCUUCGCCGCUAUCAUCAUUCCGAAACGAAGAAGAUGCUAUAAUCCUCGAGAUGGGAGCUCGCUCUCUGCGUGCAGGGUUCGAGGGUGAGAGUAUGCCGAUGUGUUCGGUGGGAUUCGGACCGGAAGAAUCGAGAAAAGUCGGUGAUUAUCGAGGCUGGGCCAAGCCGAAUAAAAGCACAACAACUGAAGAAGCUGUCAUGGAUGCAGAAGAGUGGGUCAAAAACCACGAGUUAUGGCGCAUGGAUCUUAGAGAGGUUGACCUGGGACUUGUGGAGGAUAAACUUGAGCGUGCAGUUCGCGAGAUUUAUAACAAUUAUCUGUUGACGGAUGCAGGGAAUGCGCGUCUUGUGUUGGUCAUACCGUCUGUCAUGCCACACCCUUUGCUGUCGGUUAUUCUUGAAACGUUAUUCAAUCGCUGGAGGUUUCCUUCAAUUACCCUUCUACCGUCUGCUGCCAUGGUAGCUACAGCAGCAGGGGUACGUGCAGCUCUGGUGGUCGAUAUAGGCUGGGCUGAGACGACGGUUACUGCUAUUUAUGAAUACAGAGACAUUACUUCGAAAAGGACCACCCGAGCAAUGAAAACACUUAUGCAACAUAUGGGACGAAUGCUGUCACACCUGGACCAUCUGACCAAAGAAGAAACGGAAAAGGACGGAAAAAUAUCUGUCAAUUUUGAAUAUUGCGAGGAAGCCGUGAGCAGGUUCGCAUGGUGCAAAUUUGCAGCAGAGGACGAGGACUUGAACAAGGAUGUCUCUAUUCCAUCACCAUCGAGUCCAGACGCAGAAUACAUACAGGUUUCAUUUUCUCAAUUUGCCAAGCCGGUCGAAGCCAAUUUCUUUGCUACGGGUACCGAUGAGCACGAAUUAGACGACGACGAGACACCAAUUCACAAUAUAGUUUACAAUGCUUUGUUAGAGCUUCCGCCAGAUAUACGUGGAGCAUGCAUGUCUCGUAUAAUCUUUGUGGGAGGCGGGUCGAGGAUACCGGGCAUUCGCCAACGUAUAUUGAAUGAAGUCUCCUUGCUGGUAGCAGAGCACGGGUGGGAUGCGACAAGGGGCCGUGCGGUUGAAGAACAGCAGAAAAGAAUACAAGAGCUCAGAAUUACCCGUGAACGCAGCCAUGUACCAGAGAAAGAAGUCGACACGACUGGUGAAGCAGAUGAAGAAUCGUCAUCAGAAGAAAAAGAAGAAGAAAUCGAUUUCAUCGAACAAAAGAUCCGCCGUAAUCAAGCCCGAAACAGCAAACCCUUUAUUCAAGGCCAAUUUCGCCAAGUUGAAUCUCUCGGAGCUUGGGCGGGCGCCAGCCUUGUCACGAGUCUCAAAAUUAGGGGGCUCGUCGAAGUGGAACGUGAAAAGUUUCUUCGGGAUGGAUUGGCAAGUGCAACCAGAGACUUGGAAGGUCACCAUCAAGUGGCAGAUCGACGGUCUGGUGUUCGUUCGUCUGUUAUAAGUGAUCGGUCGAGUUGGACGUUGGCAGGUUGGGGUUGA